ACAAAAAGAUCAUUGAAGACACUCCCAUCUUACUGUUUCUUCUUGAUACAACAGAAAAUUCUGAAAAAGCAUAUACAUGACCUUUUUUGGUUAUCUCAGAUGACUCAUAGCUGACUCAUGCAACAAUCAGUUAAAGGAUUCACCAACUCCUCUGCAAGCACCUAUAUAUAAUGCUAUAAUGCAAUGCUUUUAAACCAUCAACCGAACUUAAAUACUUCCCACAUACCUUCAAAAUACAGUAAUACUCCACCUCAAACCAGAAUCACAAUGGACUUACUCCGUGGAAAUUCGGUGGGUAUUCCCAUGAGUUCAUCAGUAGGUUCACUUGAAAGCCAGCCGAAAAGACUACUUGCCUUACCUGCUUGCGAAGACCAUAUCGUUCCAUAUGCAACUUCAAAGAACUUGUCUCAAAUUAAGCAGAGAAGAUAUGUCAUUGGUAAGAUGAACAAAUUGGGAGAAAGGGUGGAUUGUCUAGUAAAAAGCAUCCGCGAGCAUGUGAGCCUAAGCCCGAAACUAACAGAAACUUUAAAGGGAAAAUUGAGCCUUGGAGCAAAAAUCCUUCAAGUAGGAGGGUUGGAGAAAAUAUUCAGGCAGAAGUUCAGUGUUAGAGAUGAUGAAAAGCUAUUGAAUGUUUCUCAAUGCUAUUUAUCAACGACAGCUGGUCCAAUAGCAGGCCUUCUCUUCAUCUCUACCGAUAAGAUUGCUUUCUGCAGCGAGAGAUCAAUAAAGCUCUUAUCUCCAACUGGAAAGUUGCUUAGAAUCUACUAUAAGGUAACCAUCCCAAUAAGUAAGAUAAUGAAAGCAAAAGAGAGCAAAAAUAUGCAAAAGCCAUCACAGAAGUAUAUACAAGUAAUUACAGAGGAUGAUUUUGAGUUCUGGUUUAUGGGAUUCCUCAAUCAUCAAAAGACACUGAGAUAUCUGCAGCAGGCAAUCUCCAGCUCAAGCAAGUUAUGAAGACACAUUUUUUUUUCUAAUGAGCUCGUUCUUCAAUGUAAAACGUUCAUGCAAAAACGAAUUCAGGGAUCUGUUAAAACUUUGUAACUAGAUCCAUUGCUCAAAGGAGGCUUAAGGUUUAACCUUUGUGCCCUUAAGAGUUAAUGGGAAUGUAUAGACUUUUUUUUCUCUAAAACUGGUAGCUUUUGUAUAGACUUAUUUUGUUUUUUGAGAUAGCAAGAGAUACGAAUGUACAAAUUUAUUAUAAAACUUGUGGAGAUAGAUUGAUUAUUUUUUU